AUGCUUCCCCCGCGUCGCGACCAAGAUCGACCUACUGCCCCUCCACAUUCCAGAUCGCCCCUCGCCACUCCACUCCCCCACGUGGGAAUCCCGGAAGGCGUGCAGUCCCCGCAACCUCCUUGUUUGAGUCGACUAACAGAUCCACGCGGGGGCGUGGGGGGAGCGCCUCCGCCAACGAGCACUAUUUACGUGGCGAAUCUGCCCCCGGGCGCGGAUGAGGAGCUGCUGGCGGAGCACUUCGGCACCAUCGGGCUCAUCAAGAGGGACAAGCGCACGGGGCGGGCGAAGGUGUGGCUGUAUCGCGACAAGGAGAGCAUGGCGCUCAAGGGCGACGCCACCGUCACGUACGAGGACCCCUUUGCUGCCGUCGCCGCCGUCGACUGGUUCCACAACAAGGACUUUCACGGCCGCACUAUUGCUGUCUCGCUCGCUCAGUCCAAGCAUGGCAGUGCGGGUGGAGCCGGGGGAGGGGGGAAUGGGUUUGGGCAUUCCGGGGAUGUGAGCGGGAGAGGCGAGGAGGGGGGUGGCGGAGGGGAGGUGAGGGGCGGUGGUGGUGGUGAUGGUGGGGCGGUAACGGCUGCAGCGCAAGGGAAGCCGUGGCAGCAGCAGGGGGACUGGAUGUGUCCCAAUGCAACGUGUGGCAACAUGAACUGGGCAAAGCGCGCCAAGUGCAACAUCUGCAACACCAGCCGCCCUGGGACCAGCGAGGGGGGCGCCAGGGAGGGCCGUGGUGGCGGGUACAAGGAGCUGGAUGAAGCAGAGCUAGAAGAGACGAGGAAGCGACGCAAGGAAGCCGAGGAGGUGCGAGGGGGAAUUGGGGAAGAAAAAAGGGUCGGUCGGAGAGUGGGGGAGGGGUGCUCGGGGGAUGGACGGUGGUGGUUGGGAGUUGGGGAAGGCGUUGGUUGGACGACGGGAGAUGCACGACGAGUUUGGCAACCUCAAGAAGAAGGCCCACUCCUCCGCACCACUCCUUUUCCUCCCUCCUCCCCUCGUUCCCUGCUCUGUUCCUCCCAGCCAUUCGCCCUCGCGCAGGACGACGGGGAGAUGUACGACGAGUUCGGCAACCUCAAGAAGAAGUUCCGCAAGAAGUCUAGUUUCGAGGCGCCUUAA